UUGUUUAGUGUGUGUCCGGCUGCUACAGAAAACGACGAAGGACGGCUUCUCUCCUGCAUCACACAACUUUUAAUAUCUUUUUUAAUCUGAAACCGGUAAUUAACACCACAUUUCUGGUACAUGGUAGUGUUUAAAUGUCCAACGUGAGUACGAGGUUAGUUAUCAAGUGAAAACUGUUAACAUUUAGCUAACGCUAGCAAUAAGGUCGCGACGUGGUUUAGGUAGGCCUCUGUUCAGCGUUAAUAACCUUACACCACAUGAACAUAAACACUCGUAAAGUUUAAACGUAGAAAGUCGAUAUCUCGUUACACGUUAUCUCGUCAACACAAGUCUAUCGUUUACCGGAUAGUUCGUUUCUUUCGCUGCUGGGAACCGCUUGUAGAUCGUCCCAGGUAGCUUUGGGCUGCGUACUAUUGUUCCACAGUAAGUAUGUUAUUGUUGUUUUGACUGUCUUGGUAUUUCAGUUAUUCAACAUACGUGUCUUGGACCGACACACAAGCUGCCCUGUCACUUGCUUUCCCACAUAACUUCGAUUCUGGUCAGCAGCCGUAGAUAUUUUACCUGCAAAACUUGCGUUAAUGUUACAGGCAUACGUGAUUGUUGAGUUAGCAGUUUGACUCUUAUAUUAUAUAUAAUUUAAAUGCUUUAUCUUCACUCAGAGUGCUUUCUAUCUAUUGCUCAGAUGGGCGGCAGACGUGUUGUUCAAGCUGGUCGUCAGUGUCGAACAAGGCCCUCCAUGUCUCCAGUAAAUACACAACCCGACUCCUGUGGACCAAUUGUAAAUGUAAUUGUUCUUAAUUCUGGAUUAGGUACAUGAAAUCAAUCAACACAUAAUCAUGGGUUGAGAUUUUAGCCAGUCUGUUCCACGACCUGGUUCCCUUUUAUAGCUGCAGCCUACAGUCUUUUAUUGAAAGAAUAUUUGUGUUGCUGUGUAUCUCUGUGGAAAUGUCAAAUUCAUUUGUACUUGUGCACAAAUGUCUGUCUCCUAAUAACUUAUUUUCAGUUCCCUGGGGAGUGUUUUUGAUUGGUUUGUAGGUUUAAAUUCAUCCUCUCCGCCCUUUGUGGGGAUCCCUGGAUAUGGAUAGCUUGACCCCCCCAUCAGAAUUCAUUGGCGGAAGAUUUUUUUUCUUCAGCACUGAUUACCUUCACCUGAUAAUGUCUAGAAGCUUGAGUAUCUUGCCCAUUUUUUUUCUGCUGCCAUCAUCAAAUGCCACCAAAUCCAAGAUGAAGCUGAGGAUUUUUCCCCACCUACCCACAUUUGUCCUCUUUUUGCCACACCAGUUAAAGCCGUUUGGAUCAAGUUCUUUCUUUUCGUGGCCGUCCAUGUUCCCCCAUUUAUUUCUUUUAAUUAGUUACACCAAUUAAUAAAUACAAAUAUCACCAAAGGACUCUAUUGCACCCACCAUCAGUAAUAGUUAGCAGUCUGGCGGAGAUAAAGAUGUCUCAGAGGAGGGAUAUCGUAGGAAGACAAGUGUCUCUGGGCGAUCCAACCCCCUUUUCCUCUUAUCUCAUGGAUCAAGUGUUCCUUCAGGACUCCAUAUCCUCACGGAGACCAGCAGUGCGCUCAAGAGGGAGGAAAACUUCUCAGCCACCUCAGUGAGAGUCCUGUCAGUCCUGAAGAGAACCAUCCACCGCGUUUGAAGGUCUUAAGUUGGAGACGCAUACCAGCAUUACUAUGACCAACCAUGGAGAUGACUGCUACUUCUUUUACUAUUCCACCUGCGCUAAAGGAGACAGCUGCCCCUUCAGACACUGUGAGGCUGCAAUGGGCAUUGAAACAGUUUGCAAUCUGUGGCAGGAAGGACGCUGCUUUCGGACCAUCUGCAAGUUUCGACACAUGGAAAUCACAAAAAACAGAAAGGAGAUUCCUUGCUAUUGGGAGAAACAGUCUGCCGGCUGCCAGAAAUCCCACUGUGCCUUCCUCCAUGAAAAGGCCCGCUACAUAGAGGGCAUCUUGUUCCCACCGGAUAAAGGUCUGAGCAAGAAUGAGGAGCAGCUACUUGACGAAACAGUUCUCCUACCAAGUGUCCCUCUUGCAACUGCAGCCAACCCCCAGCUCAGAGGGGUCAUUAAGACCGAAAGUCAGGAGCCGGUACCAAGCCCCACUCACCCACCAGUGGUGAUCAAUCCUGCAGAUGAUGAUGAGGAUGAAGAUGACCUUUUCUCAGAGGAAGGAGAUGAUGGCAGGUCCGGCUCUGGUCAUCGAAAGCUACCCAAAUUAGAUGACUCACUGAAUUUUGGAGUUAGCACCCUGGAGGAGAUCAGACUCAGGAAGGCCCUGAAGACCAGCAUGAGAAGAGCCGGUUACCCCAUCCAGAGUUCUGAUACCUUGGCCAAUGGAGAGAAAGAAAACAUCCAGUCAUUAUGUCGGCCAGCCCUCUAUGAGGCCAGAGAUGGCCAAUAUGUCUUUGAAGAAACUGAGAGAUCAAGAGGCAGUGUGGCUGAAAGGCUCGGAAGGAAGAUGCCAACUAUCGAUGAAAAAAGUGGAGGCGGUGUCCAGCUGAAAAGGAGUCUGGCUGAGCGUCUGGGCAGAGUUGUGGAUGAAGAAGAGCCAUUAAUGUCCCCACAGAAAGUUUUUAAGCCUAUUAAGGAAAGACUUGGAUCGACAACUGCUCUUGUUGCACUUACUGGCCGAGCUGAGACCAACACAGAAUCUAAGAAAGCUCCUGAGCAGAUCCGCAUCAAAACUCUGGAGGAGAUCAAACAGGAAAAGGCAGCAAUGUCUAAGAGCCAGAAGGAUGGUCCUUCUAUUGUGGGACCAGAGAGCACCAAAACCAAUAAGGGUGUCAAGCGAGCCAUCAGUGUUAAAGAUGACUCAAUUCGCUGUGUCAAAACGUUCUCAGAGAUCAAUCCAGCCAAGAAGACAAGGAAGGAGGAGCAGAAGCCCAGCCCAAAAAAGGCAAAGGACACUGUGGAGAAACCCCCAGGCAAGAGCCAAGCACAGCCGAAUGCAGCUGGGCCCUGUUCUGAGGCUACAAACGUAGAGGAAGUUCGAGUAAAGACCCUGGAGGAGAUCCGCAGGGAGAAAGCAGCAAAGAUACAGGCUCAACAGGGUAUGCAGGCUGAAAUCAAGAGGAGCACUGAUACUAAGGAGAAUGGUGAAAAGAUUCCUUGCCUACUGCGCAUCAACAAACUAGCUCCCCAAAGCAGCAUCACAGCACAGAACAGAGCUGAGGUUACAGCUCAAACUGCUGCUCCUGAGACCAGGCCUGCAAAGACCUAUAACGUCAAGGUCAAGACCUUCGAGGAGAUCAUGCGCAAGAAGCGCCUCCGCAGGCAGGAAGUGGAGGAGCAGGACAAAACCUCAGCUGAAGCAAGUGAUUUGAUCCCCCUCAAAUCCAAGGCUGCAUCACCUCUCAACAGCACUGCUUCUUCUGGUGCAAGAGUUGCAGCUGUGACCUCAGUCCCUGUUCAGCAGAGCUCUUCACCAAGGGCGUGCGAGUCUAAGUCAAAGAUUCCCAGAAACUCCAGGGAGGUCUCAGUCAAAAACUCAAAGAACUCAACAGCACCGCCACCAGCAAAGCAAUCCAGAGCAGCUCCUCAUGAAAGUGCAGAGUUCCCGGCCGCUGACAAAACACUGAGCAAUAAUAAUAAGAAAUCCCCAGAACACACUCGAGAUGCCAAAGUGAGGCCCAAACUGAAUGUGAAGCCAUCUGUCAUGAAGCCUGCAGUGCAGGUGAAACCAGGCCAGAAGAGGAGGGGAACAGAGCGAUCUGCUGUGGCUGCUGUGAAACCUCUGAACAGUAGCUGCAGAGAGGUGGAGGAGCCACUGCCAGAGACAGUAUGCCAAGAUGGACAAGUGUUACCAUCUUCCAGUGCUGCUGCUCCCCCCAGUCCCAGCACCCUGCUGGACUGCCUGGACUGCAGCUCCAGCCCUCUGAGAGAGGAGCUCCAGACUGUCCCUGUAUUCAAUGAGAGUCUGAGCCAGGAAACAAAGCCCACCUUCAGUAUUAAUACUUCCAGAGACACUGGUGAACUCCCCCAAAGCCCAGUCCUGAAGACCCCCAUUCAGCCCAGGGCCCGAAGACAGAGCGCUGCUCUGUCCACCUCAGCCGUGGACGACUUCGAGGACCUGAUAAACGAAUUCACAGACGACCACCUGGAGGACGAUGUAGACCCGGGCAUCGGAGAGGACGACCUGCUGCAGGAACUCUCAGAGAUGAUUGACAGCUGAGGGUUCCAUCUAAAACAAUCACCACCACACCCCAAAUUCUCAUCCAAAACUAUGGCUUUCUAUUGACAAGAAGUGAAGACCAUCAUAUCUACUACGGAUAAUUUUUAGUUUAAAUGUUCAAGAUUUUUUAUCCUGCCAGAUACAAUUUUUUUUUUCAUUUCCUGCCCAUAUGAUCCUCUUAAAGCCCAGGAGCUAAUUCUGCAGGGUUUUGGUUUUCUUUAUCAUGUCGGUUUAUGAUCAGUGUUCAACAUUUCCAGGCCCUGAGAAGAAAUCCUGGGAGAGGUUCUGUUAGUAAACAUCCUGAGAUUGUCAAAGAUCUCUGGAUAUUGUUAUGUGAAGUCAUAUUGGUAUGCCGUUUAUGCAAAGGGAAUAGCAAGCGGAAUUAAAGAAAUAAUCAAUACUGCCGCACUUAAUAAUAGAUUGACGCCGACUAACUUUUCAUUCUGCUUAUGUUUGGAAGAGAGUGUUGCUGCUCAGCUAGUUUCAAGAUUACGACAAUAAAUGUUUUAUUUUGAUAAUGAUGACCCUGUCAACAAAGCAAUAAAGGUCAGUCCCUGAGAAAUUAUGUUUUCCAGAAGUAGUUAACAUGAGGAGCGUCUUAUCCAUCAGUUUAAUGUGCUUUAUAUACUUUUCCACUCAGAUAUUAUGGAAUGCACCUUCUGCCUGUGACUGUCCCGCCCUAAGUCUUUUUUUUUUUGUAUAAUGUAUAAUGUAUGUAUACUUUUUAACCAGAUCUUUUAUCCGGUGGGUAAACUUUAAAAAGACUAGUCUGGGAUCAGCUUAAACUCGCUUUCUUGUCUUUGUUAAGGAACACCUCAGGGACUGUUUCUGAUUUUGUAUGCUCUUCAUAUGUUUCACAAACACUGUAUUUCAUUUCAACAAUGCUGUCUUUAGUUGUAUUUUUUGUGUAUGGUUUUUUUUUCUGCUAUUUGGGUUAGCAUUGGUUUAUGAGUGGUCAGCUGAGAUCAUUGUCAUUUUUUGUCUUUACGUUUGCUUUGUCCUGACCUGUUUCCUCAUGCAUACUGUUCAGAGUGACUUGUACAUAUUGCUGUGUAAAUAAAAUAAUGCUUUUAAUGACCAA